AUGCUCCUACAUCAUGCGAAGACUGUCGAGACGGCCGAGGGGGACGAGGUGACGACGGGAGUCAAAAUGACCUCAUACUUCAACUUGAUGGUCCGUCCCUACUACAACGCCUUGAGCCGCGACAUGAAGGAGCUCAACCUUCUGGCUAUUUGCCUGGACGAGCUGCGGGCGGGAGAAUUGGGGAAGCUGGGAGAUUCCCUUGCUUCCCGGUUCCUCGCCAUUCAUACAUACCUCGAGCUCCAUCCCCUCGAGCCCACUCAAGGGGCACCCAUGAGCCUGCUGCUGGAGGCCAAGAAGCACGGCCGACUGGUGAGCAAGAGCCAGGGAGCAGACGAGGGAAGGAGGCGAGAGCAAAAGCAAGGACAAAGGAAAAGCUGCAGCAAGGAGGAGGCUGGUCGCAAAGAGAAAGAGUGGUGGGCGAAUCAGAAGGACAAGCCCAGCGGAAAGAAGACGAAGGGGGCCGAUGCGCCCAAGGCAGCGGAGAAGAGUUUCGCUACAGCUCAGUGGGUGCCUCCUGGCCUGGCUGGUGAUCAGGGGAUGGGUGCUGGCAACCGUGCCGUGCAUCGAGCCUCUCGUAAGGCUCUUUUUCCAAUCCGGCUUGGUGAGCUGGAUAAGCUGUCAAGAGCAAUGUCUCGAGCCAGCUAUGAGGAGGUGGUUUCCGCCGUGGAAAAAGAGCUUAGCAGUCGUUUCAUCAGCUACAGUGGGGAGGAAGUUCCCCGCAUGGAACCACUCAGCUGUGAUCAGAUUACCCCAGCAUUGCCACCACCGGUUGAGGGUCAUCAUGAACCUGAUCCCGCCAAAUGCAGUAAUGCAGCAGUUACAAGGGUUGUCAAUGAACUUCUGGGUGUUACCCAGUACUUGUCUGUGGUGUUGGAAGAUAGUGAAGAGCUCCGCAUGUGUCAAAGCGAUAUGACUAGUGCGUUCUACCUCUUCUCUCUCCCCUCUUCCUGGCAAAGGUUUCUGGCAUUCAACUUACAAGCCAAGGGGGAAGACAUAGGGCUGCGUGCUGGCGUGCUCUACUGCCUGGCAUGCAAGGUCCUCCCCAUGGGUUGGGCUAGUGCGGUCUCUGUCAUGCAAGAGGUAAGUCAAGCUCUACUCAACCAUGGUGGCCUUCCUCGGGGAGAGCAAGUGCUUAGGACCAAACCACUUCCCACUUGGUUGACAGAAGUGCUGAAGGCUGCACGGGUUACUUCGACGGGGUGGUACCACGUCUAUUUGGAUAACUUCUUCUCGGGGGAGCGCUUGGGAGCAGGGGUGCUCUCUUCGGAGAAAAAGAAGGUUGUGGAGGCUGAGGCGGUGCAGGAGCUUGGGGCUAUGUUUGAUAGUGAGGCGAGGCUGCUAGGUAUGGCUACUCUUCAUCAGGUUUGGAGAUGGAUUGGGGGGAAGAAACUUUCUGCGAAGCUUGCUGGUGCUGCACGGCAAGAACUUCUUAUGCUAUGCGCGGGGGCACACCUUCUUCAUACGUUCUUGGGUGCUGAGGUGAGUCAGGUUGCCACCGCGUCGGAUGCUUCUGGCAAAGGGGGUGCAGUGGGGCGCGCUGAUGCUGUUUCAUCUGAAGGUAAGCAGUUUUGUCAGGCACUGAAAGUGAGCCCGGACUGCACUGUAAGUGGAGGCAUUCUGGUUGUGUCCCUUUUCAAUGGGAUUGGGGGUGCGUUCCGUGCGUACGACCUGGUGGGUGUCGAGGUUGCAGGGCUUAUCUCCUAUGAUAUCUGCAAGGCUAGGAGGUGGCCUCAUGCCUCAGCUCAAGGCGAUGUCAGGGAUAUCACCAGGGAGACGGUUUUUGGUUGGAUGCUUCGCUACCCCCAUGCAACAAAACUGCAUUUCUGGGCCGGCUUUCCUUGCGUGGACCUUAGUGUUGUGAAGUUUGGUAGGCUCAACUUAUCUGGGCCACAAAGUGGCCUAUUUGUUGAAGUCUUGAGGGUGCUGGAACUUUGUCGGAAAGUUUUUGGAAGGCGAUUCAAGGUGCUUUUCUUUGUGGAAAACGUGUCCUCAAUGGAUAAGUCGGCACUACAACAGAUUAGCUGCGCUUUAGGAGUUACCCCUUACCGCGUACAGUGCGCUGAAGCGGUCCCCAUCUCGCGCCCGCGCUUCUGUUGGACUAACCACAAGCUAGAGGCUCUUCCAGGUGUCUUGCUCGUUGACAAGGGCGACUUUGUUGAGGUGAUAGCGAAGAAUGAGUAUCCUCCUAUCCAGAGCUGGUUAACUGAAGGGUGUGAGUGGGAGCCUGCAGACCCCUCAACAGUGUUCCCUAAAUGUAUGAAGGCUAUCAAGCGUAGGCAACCUCCCCCAAAACCAGCUGGCCUUGAACGCACUCCAGAAGAUGCUCGAGGGCGAUGGGCUGCUGAUGACUUCCGAUACCCCCCGUAUCAGUAUAAGAAGCAGUAUCUGAUAUGGUCAGAUGAUAAGUGGAGACUACUUGACUCCUCCGAGCGGGAGUUGCUGCAUGGCUAUGGCUGGGGACAUACUAGCCUGUGCAUGAGUGCCAGCGAAAUCAAGCGAAGUCAACAGGACUAUGAAGACCUGCGGUGCUGCCUCGUGGGUGACAGCUUCUCCCUCUACUCUUUCGCGUUGUUUUCCUGGAAUCGCCGGGCAAGGCAAGCAGCAAGACGAGGCAUAGUGCUGCGUGAUGCUGGGAUCACAAAGCAGACCCAAUCUCGCUAUUACCUUGCCGUUUCUGCCAUUUGCAAAGUGAUUCAUGACACUGCUUCCAUGGAAGAUUUUGACGAACAAAUUGCAGACUGGAUCGAAAGUGAAUUCAGGAAGGGGUCACCACUGAACAUAGUGGCAGAUGGUCUCAGUGGUAUCCAUUACUUUUUGCCUAGCACGCGCAGACGUUUACCAGUUAGCUGGAAGCUCUUUGCAAAUUGGAGAAAAAUUGAGGUCCCAUCACGGGCAGCUCCUUUACCUGAGGGCCUGUGCUGGGCUAUGAUGGCCCGCGCACUGAGGCAGCAAGACUUUGAUUUGGCCAGCUUACUCGGCCUUGGUUUUCACUGCUUCCUCCGAACAGGUGAACUUUUAAGUGUCAGGCCUUGUGACAUCCUCUUACGGGGUGAAAAGGGCAUUGUGACCCUGCCAAGCAGCAAAGGUGGCACCAGGCACAAUGUGAAGGAGUCAGUAACUAUCUUUGAACCACACCUGGUGGUAUUACUUGUGGAAUUGCUGGACAUCAAGCGCCGCGCAAACCUCAUGAGGGUACCUAUGUGGACAAAGAAUGGAACGGCUUUCCGAAAAGCCUUUCACAAGCUGACUGUGUUCUUCAAGGUAGAACAUAUGAAUUUCAGAGGGUACUCCCUCAGGCGCGGAGGCGCAACCGCUUUCUUUCAAGAUUGCGGACUGAUGGAAAAGACGCUCUUACGAGGGCGCUGGAAUAGUGUCCAAGUUGCCAGACUCUACCUUUGCGACGCGCUGGCACAGCUGCCGGAUCUUGUUGCUGGUCUUCAACAAGCUCCUGUUGAAACUUGUCGAGCAGCAACGAUGGAGCACGUGGAAAGUGGGGCGAUCUUGCCAUAUAGAUCAAUGAGCCCCAGGCAAAUGCCCUGUUUUGCCCUGCCAUAUGGGCGUGAAAAAUUCGAGCCCUGUGCAAAGGGCGAUUGCGCCGAGUUUUCAGAGCCGGGAACCACGUCGAACUGGCCGGCCCAGCGCCCCAGGUCACAGCCUUUUGGUGAAUUCCAAAAUGCCAAGGGUGGAGCCGACGGAGCGAGUCCCAUCUACCGCGUCUCGUUGCCGGAGUUUGCUGAAGCAGGAGUGGCCAUGGUGCCAGGUGUGGAUGGCCUAGUGGUGGUGAGCCUCGACGAAUCCGUGCAGAGGUGGAACUUGGAGCACCCGGAGCUGGCCAUUCGUCGCGGCCAUGUGGUUCUGGAAAUCAACGACAAGACGACACUGGAAGAGAUGCACCAGGAACUGAGGCGUGGCUCCCUACCGCGGGAGCUACUGCUGAGCCGCGAAGAUGGUGGGGAUCUGCCACCCCAGCAGCGGUGGAUCUUCGAAAAAACGCUGCAGCAUCACACGGCCGACGCCUGGAUGCAGAGGGUGGAAGCCUUGGACAAGGUGGAAGGUUGUUCCAUCUGCUUGGAGGACAUGGCUGUGGCUUCGGAGGCCGUGAGGCUGCCAUGUGGCCACUGCUAUCAUCCCAGAUGUCUUAAGAAUUGGUUCGUGAGAAAGCUGCGAUGCCCCUUGUGCAAUGUUGCAGUGGAAUGAGUGGAGCGUGACAACUCAGAUAUUUGCAGCGCCAAAAGGCAGCUUCUUGUGACCUUCUGGGUGCGAUCAAUUUUCAAGUACAGUUCCUCCCCAUUUUUGAACGGCCGGCGUAACGCCUGCCGUUCGCGUUGAACGCUGAACGAGGACCGGUCCUUACAAAGACGGAGCAAACUUGAGACGC